AUAGGCGGAAACAACUUUUCACCCCGGCAACCGACCAACCUCGAUUGACAUGCUGGCGGACCAAUCGGCUUCGCGCUGGAACCUUGAGGCGCGAGUUUGGCGGUUGAGGCGGCCGUUGCUCUGAGGGAGCGCGCGUCUCCGCACGGCUUUCCCCGGAGCUUCUCGGCAAGGGCGGCCCCUUCCUUUCUCCCUCCGGACCAACCCCGUCCCACAACCCCGGGACGGCCGGCCGCCCGCCGUAUCCCCUUCGCCCUCGUUUCCCCGGCGACCCCCGAGACCCUUCGCCACAGCCGCCGCCGCCGCCGCCGGCCGCCCCCUCAUGGCCUUGAUGGCGGGUGUGAUCCGCCGCCUGGACGAGGCUGUGGUGAACCGCAUCGCGGCUGGAGAAGUCAUCCAGAGACCCGCCAACGCCAUCAAGGAGAUGGUGGAGAACUGGUUGGUUGGUUGGUUAGAUAGAUAGAUAGAUAGAUAGAUAGUUAGUUUUCAUGUUUCUAGGUCACCUUUACCUGCCAAGGUGGUUGGUAAUUUAUUUAUUUAUUUAUUUUUCCACAUUUCUAUGCCGCUUUUACCUUCCAGGGUGGUUGGCAAUUUAUGUAUUUCAUUUUUUCAUAUUUCUAUGCCGCCUUUACCUUCCCAAGGUGGUUGGUAAUUUAUUUAUUUCAUUUUUCAUAUUUUUAGGCCGCCUUUACCUUCCAGGGUGGUUGGCAAUUUAUGUAUUUCAUUUUUCACAUUUCUAUGCCGCCUUUACUUUCCCAAGGUGGUUGGUAAUUUAUUUAUUUCAUUUUUCAUAUUUUUAGGCCACCUUUACCUUCCAGGGUGGUUGGCAAUUUAUUUAUUUCAUUUUUCAUAUUUCUAUUCCACUUUUACCUUCCAAUGUGGUUGGUAAUUUAUUUAUUUAUUUCAUAUUUCUAUGCCACCUUUAUCUUCCCAAGGUAGUUGGUAAUUUAUUUAUUUAUUUCAUUUUUCACAUUUCUAUGCUGCCUUUACCUUCCAAGGUGGUACACAUGGUUCUCCUCCCCCCCUCCUUGUUUCAUCCUCGCAACAACCCUGUGAGGUAGGUCAGGCUUAAGAGAUGGCGAUGGGCCCAACGUCACCCAGGGCGCUUGGUGGCUGAGUGGGGGAUUCGAACUCUCCUCUCCUGCGUCCCAGUUCGACACUCUUAAGCAUGAUGCCAGACAUGCAAUGCUAUAAAAGCCCCAGGAUACAUAUGUGUGUGUGUCCAUCUGCUUCAAGGCAGGACGAAUCUCCUGCACCAAGUCAGUCUCUCAGGUGUCCAGGGCGGAUUCCUGCGCCUACGAUUAUAGGGGUUUGCCCAAUUCUGAAUCGUGGCAAGAAAGUGGUUAGAGUGGGUUUCUCCUUAUUACAAUGAUAUCCUACUUCGGAGUGACUCUAGACAAAAAGAAAGUGUUUGUAAACUUGCAAACUUCUUAGGGGUGUUUACAGUCAAGUACAGUGGUACCUCAGGUUAAGUACUUAAUUCGUUCCGGAGGUCCGUUCUUAACCUGAAGCACCACUUUAGCUAAUGGGGCCUCCUGCUGCUGCCAUGCCGCCGGAGCCCGAGGUCUGUUCUUAUCCUGAAGCAAAGUUCUUAACCUGAAGCACUAUUUCUGGGUUAGCGGAGUCUGUAACCUGAAGCAUAUGUAACCCGAGGUACCACUGUAUUUAAAUCUUGCUAGCUAAAGAAAGGUAUUCUCUGCUGUUCAACACAUAUUGUUGACUUAGCACUGCCCACUCUCAUUCUUAACUUUAAGACAUGUAUGGGGAACCUGUCAUCCCUGUCCAUUGGUCAUGCUGGCUUGGGCCGAUGGGAGUCAUAGUCCAACAUUGGGAGGGCCACAAGUUCCCCAACUGCUUUAUGGUAUCCCUAAUAGCGCGGGUGGUUCUGUGGUCUAAACCACUGAGCCUCUUGGGCUUGCCGAUCAGAAGGUUGGCGGUUCAAAUCCCUGCGACGGGGUGAGCUCCCGUUGCUCGGUCUCAGCUCCUGCCAACAUAGCAGUUCAAAAGCACACCAAAAAGUGCAAGUAGAUAAAUAGGUAAACGGGAAGGUAAACAGCGUUUCCGUGCGCUCCUCUGGUUUGUUGCGCCAGAAGCAGCUUAGUCAUGCUGGCCACAUGACCCGGAAAAACUGUCUGUGGACAAACACUGGCUCCCUUGGCUUGUAAAGCGAGAUGAGUGCCACAACCCCAGAGUCGCCUGCAGCUGGACUUAACUGUCAGGGGUCCGUUACCUUUACCUUUUAAUAGCGCAGACAAGAGGUGCUAGCAGCUAGUGUAAUCUUAGGGAUGUUUACUCUGGAGUUCAAUGGGGCUUUCAUUCCAGUAAGUGUGUUUAGGGUUGUAGCCUUGUAACAGCAAACAUUUGCACACAGUGGGCAACAACUUCCAUUAUGCUUAUUUAAGAUAAGUUUGUAUUUCUCAUGAAAUGUUUAGUUUAUUAAUGGUAGGAGAUUGAGAAUGGGAGCCUAGAACUACACUUUGUGCAUCCUAAAAUUGUAGAGGAAGAAAGUUUCUAAAGUCAUCAUAAUGAUUGCUGAGAAAUUUUACUUCUUUGGGGUGAAAUAAAAUUGCUUAUGUACAGUUGUCUGCUUUGCAGAAAACUAGUUGUUGUUGUUUAGUCGUGUCCGACUCUUCGUGACCCCAUGGACCAGAGCACGCCAGGCACUCCUGUCUUCCACUGCCUCCUGCAGUUUGGUCAAACUCAUGUUGGUAGCUUUGAGAACACUGUCCAACCAUCUCGUCUUUUGUCGUCCCCUUCUCCUUGUGCCCUCAAUCUUUCCCAACAUCAGAAUAGAUAGACCAGUGCGAUCUCGUCGCCACCCCAACAGCACAGGGUUCCAUAAGUGAUGGGUGCUGUACCGAUUGCAGAUUUCACACAGACUUUUAUUUUACAUACAGCUUACACAUCAUGCUAAGUACAUAACUAGUUCCACAUUGUCCAUUCCAUGUCAGCCAUGACAUGACAUCUUCAUGUUCUGGUCAAGACCUCCUUACAAGUCAUCACUAGUACAACAAACUGACCUUAGAUCAGCAACAGCAAACAAUAAACAGAUUACACACAAAUAUUAAUCUUUAAACUAAAGCAUUCAGCUUCUUUAUCCUUGGUUCUAGUCUGCAUAGUCGUAAUAUUGGUGAAAUCCUCUCCCUCCUUCCCUCGCCCUCUCUCUCUCUCCACACACAUGGUUGCUGUAUAUAUGGUUGCCAUAUUUCAAACAGUAAAAUCUGGACAGAAAUCUGGCAAAGUUGUUGAGCUUUUUUGGAAAUAUUGAAUAUGACUAAAGCAACAAGAAUGCAUAUUUAUACAUUGAAUCAUCUAAAACAGGCAUGGCCAAACUAGGCUCUCCAGAUGUUUAGGGACUACAAUUCCCAUCAUCGCUGACCACUGGUCCUGUUAGCCAGGGAUGAUAGGAGUUGUAGCGCCAAAACAUAUGGAGGGCCAAGUUUGGUCAUGCCUGAUCUAAAACAUUAACAUCUUUUAAUAAUCUUCAUUGCGAGGCCCAUUUCUUAUUCUUAUUAGCUGAUUUGCUACUAUUUGCACUGCACAGAGCCUGGUCCACAGUACAGUAUAUGUGGCAUUAGAUCAACAACCCUUUUCUCAACACUUCAUUAGCUUUCUAAUAGCAAAUAAAUAUUCUCAGACAUUGUCCAAAGCAAGGUCAGUCAAUACUUUCAUUACUUCCAUUUCCUGGUGUUUACUAUUCUAGAGACUUUAUAGUAACUUGGGGAGCAAUAGAGAGGGGUACAAGCCAUUUUCCCCAUCACAUUGCUUUCCUACAGAGAUAAAUGUUUGUGUUGGACUGAUUUGGAAUAGAAAUAGAAUUGAAAUAGACUGUGUUGUCUCUGUCACUGAGAUUUAUUUCUUGUAUCUAUAGUUUGGAUGCCAAAGCUACCAGCAUCCAGGUUACAGUGAAGGAUGGCGGUUUGAAACUAAUUCAAAUCCUAGAUAAUGGUUGUGGAAUUAGGGUAAGUAAACCUAUUUGUCUUUCUAGAAAGUAGACCUUAUUUAAAACAAUUCAAACAAUAUUUGAGAUAAUUCUGGCUCACAUCUGUCUUCCUUCUGCAGAGAGAAGACUUGGAUAUUGUGUGUGAGAGAUUCACCACAAGUAAACUACAGACUUUUGAGGACCUAGCUAGUAUUUCUACAUAUGGGUUUAGAGGCGAGGUAUGUUUUUGACUAAGUUUUAUAAUGUUUAUCAUAGUGCAUAAGUUUUUUGCCAUUUUCCCCCUUUGCUCUCCUAUUCCAUCCAGGUUUAUCAGUUCUGUAGAACACAGCUUGUCACCAUUCAAUAAUUAUAUAUUUAAGUAAUUUCAGGUGCACUGAAAGUUGGUUCAGAUGUAAUCAAUGUGACUGUAAUGCAGAACCAUCCAUAAGGUGGCUGCAAGGGUUCAUUUGAGAACAGCCACUUGGACCGUAUUGCACCAAACCUCUAUCAUAGGGAUGGAAAGCCUGGUUUUAGGUAGGCAGUAAAGACAAUUACAUUUAAAUUGAUUUGGGAUUCUUCUUUUUUUGGAUCCUGAUGUUAUGCUGUCCUCUGCAGCCCUAAAUUGUUGUUUAUAUUGUUAUAGCAACCUUGUAUCAGGCAUUGCUCAGGAAUUCUAAGAAACAAAAAAAUCAGUUUAAAAAUCAGUCCAGUUGGAAAAGGUUCAGUCUGUCAUUUUGAGUCAAAAUGAUGUCUGAUUGUGUGCAAAUAUAAGGAUCUGUUCCUUGAUCUCAGGAAUCAUCAUGCAAAAUCUCAUUACAGCUUAAGGGGUAUGCAAAUGCGUAGCAAACAAACAACUGUCAAAAAUAUAUAGUAGAUGAAUUGGCUUUAUGUUAUGGGUUUUAUCCUAUUUUCAUUGUGUUGAUUUUUUUUGUAUGUUACUUUGUUAAAGUAGGCUGAAUAAAUAAAACAUUUUAUUUGAACAGAAUUUGUAUCCAGCUGCAUGUAGAUCAUUAUAGUGAGGAUUACAAAUACAGAUAAUUAGUUGGGAUGUAAUUACUAUGCUAUUACUGUGAUUACUGAAUGCUUAUUUCGUACCAGUAAAGAACUAUGUACCACCUUCAACAUCUGCAUGUUACUGUAUGUUACUCAGUUUCUAAAACUUAGUUUUUUCUCUUCCAGGCGCUGGCAAGUAUAAGUCAUGUUGCCCACGUUACUAUAACAACUAAGACAGCUGAUGGAAAGUGUGCCUACAGGUAGGUAUAUUCAAAUAUUUGUUUACUGCACUUAUGCAGUGUUCAAAUAUAAUAAACUUUUAGAAGAUAAACAAUGUCUCUAAAAACAUUAAAAGAACAGGCAGACAGAAGACUUCUUAUUGUUUAAGAAUAGAAACGAGAGAAAUCAGCAUUGUGCAAUACAUCACUUAGCCACAGGAGGUCACUCAUUGCACCAUUGAUGCAAACAAAACCCUUUUUUAAUGAGCAUCAAGUAUGAGCAGAAUUUUUCUGUAGAAAUCAUUUUAAAGAUUUGUUAUACACUGCAUUCUUCAUCCAGUGUAGAUUAUACACAAUUACAGGUUAUAGCCAUUCUGUUCCCUCUCAAUAGAAUGUAAAAAUGUAGCAAAAUCCCUAGAAAAGUUAAAGGUACUCUUUAAGUAACAGGAAUCUGCCUUGCCUUAUAGUGAGACAAGAUGGAUUAAGCAAUAACAUGAUGUGCAAUCUGAUGCUAUGUGUGUUAUUUCCCACACUAGUCAACAGUGCUUAUUCUCAAGUAAGCUCUAAACGCAGAGACUGUGUAUGUGUGUGUAAAUUCAUCUCAUUUAGAAAGGAAGUCUAAUGACAUUUUUGGGGGUGGCUCAAGAGCAUAAAUAAUAAAACAAAAUUUGACUACAGUAUCACCAGUCAGAGCUACAGAACAGUGGUAGAGGAUCUGCUUUGCUUGUAGAAGGUCCCAGGUUCAAAUCCUGACAUCUCUAGGUGAGGCUGGAAAGACUUCCUGCCUAAAACGUUGGAGACCCACCACCGCUCAGUGUAGACAAUACUGAAAUAGAUGUACCAGUGACAGAUUCUGUGUUUACUUCACUUUUAAUGCCAUAGAAAUUGAUGGAAAACAUUGCAAGUGGUGGUGAUAGUUUAAUGUCUCUUUCUGAAGCACUGCUGGCUUGAAAUAAUCCUUUGUGGACCAAUCUAAUAACUGAUUGAAAUAGUUGAUGAUUUGUUCUACUUUGCUUUUAGGGCAAACUAUUCUGAUGGAAAAUUGAAGGCUGCCCCCAAACCUUGUGCUGGAAACCAGGGAACUCAAAUCACAGUGGGUUACUUGCUUUUUGAAUUUUUUGCAGCACUGGAGCAGAUGCAUUCCUAGUUAAUCUUAAACCCCGAAGCAGGAGACCUGUGUAUUCUUUUGCAGAACUUUGUGGCACUAACAUUAUCUUGCUCAGUUGGUUAGAGUGUAGCGCUGAUAAUGCCAAGGUUGCAGGUUCAAUCCCCACAUGGGACAGCUGCAUAUUUCUGCCUUGCAGGGUGUUAAACUAGAUGAUCCUCAGGAUCCCUUCCAACGCUACAAUUCUAUGAUUCUUGGAAUAGCCUUAUUCAUAAUACAUGCAUAUUUGAGUACAUUAAAAACUGGAAUGUAACUGUAUCUAUCUUAGUUACACAUACCUCUUGCAUAAAACACUAAUUAUUUACUGCUUUUAAAGCAGAACAUUUGCUUUGUAGCAUCUUGCUAGACACCACAGUGCAACCAUAGGCAGUUAUAAUAAUAGUGAUACUGAGGGUUCACUAAUGGCACAAGUUUGAAGCGCAUUUAAUACAGUCAACUUCAGUUGGCGCAUGUUCGUUGCCCAUGUUGAUGCUUUAUUUGGGCUUCAACAAUCACCUUUUAACUUUACUGAAUUAUAUUGCAGGAACUCUUCACAAGUGGUGUUUAGAAAUGUAUUUGUAUUUCCAGAGAAUGGUACUUUUUAUCGAGGGGGGCGGGCAAGAGAGAAAGUCGUGUUUUAAUUAAUUAAUUGAUUGAAAUUCUGCUUUUCCUCCAAGGAGCUUAAGGUGGUUUGUGUGGUUCCCCCUCUCCCCAUUUUAGCCCCAUAACGUGUGAGGUAGAUUAGGCUGGGAGGCACUAAUUUGCUCCAAGUCACUUAGAAAGCUUCAUGGCAGAGUAGAAACUUGGACCCUGAUCUCACUGGUCCUAGUCCAGUACUCUUAACUAGUAUACAUUAUGACUCCCAUAAUUUUGUAGCAUUAUAAUUAAAAUGGAUUUGAAUUUAUCAUGCUUGUAAGUUGCAGGGGAGAGCAAUAUUGACCAGAGCAUUUGAAUUAAAAAUAGGGCUUUCCUGUUUGUUAAUGUUCAGGUGUUUUCCUCAUUCAUGAUAAUGCCCUGCAGUGAGAAAAAAAUCCUUCAUUUAGAACUGGGCAGCUGCAGGGAACAGACUAAGGAGCAGGGAAUGCAGCUUGUGAGGGCUCCUUCUCCCAUCUGUCACACAGUCAACACUGUGAGCUGACAACGGAAAACAUAUGUGAAGUGGUGCAAGCAAACUGUGUGCACGCCCCAUGUACUUGGAUGCAAUUUUCUUUCCUUCUGCCAGCACAAAAGGGCAUUGCAGAGUGAUCCAUGUUUCUGUUUUGAGUUUGCUUUAAACUGCCUGUUUUCUUCUCUCUGCAGGUUGAGGAUCUAUUUUACAAUGUAACCACUAGGAGAAAAGCUUUAAACAAACCUAGUGAAGAAUAUGCAAAAAUUCUGGAAGUUGUUAGCAGGUAAAUCCAUUUUUUAAAGGAGCAGAAGCUCCACCUCCACCUGCAAACCUUGUUUUAUGUUAGAUUUGGGCAUUUUUCUCCUUCUAGCCAGUAAUGACAUCUUUGAUAAAUUAGGAACUCAGAAUAGCAAGAGGGAUGCCUUUUUACUGAUGUCAGUAUACUGACACAAAUACAACUUGACAAUCUUUUAGACUUGAGAAGAAUCUACUGAAGUCAGUUUCACAUUCACAUAGCAUUUGUGCUCUCUAACAUUCACGUGACAGUUGCAAAAGGCCUCCAGAUUUGUUUGUGCGCAAAUGUCUGAAAGAGACCGAAAGAAAGUACAAAUUCCAUUGUACUUAGCAGCAUGAUGAGGUUCUUCUGCUCCCAGGGUUGUAAAUCCAACAAAACAAGAAAGCCAAGAGGGCCUUUGCCAAGAUGAAAAUGUGUGGCUUGGUCUUUUUGUUCUGAGUCAUCUAGCUGACAGCAAAUGAUUUAGUAUUCCCAAGACAGAUCUUGGUUAAUUUUAGAUGUUACCAGAGCUUUGUGUCUGCCUCCCAACUCCUCCUCCCCCCCCCCCAGUAAUGUGUGAUAAAAUCAAAUGUGUGCUGUGACAUAAUCACACUCAAGAGUUUCUUCACGUCAUGUUCUGCUGGUUCUAGAGGCAUGGAAACUGUGAUGUCAUGGUAGCCUAUUUGUUUUACCACACCUUCACCAGGGGAGGGAAGAGGAGGUGGUUACAUAGAAAAUAUGGAAGCCACAUGACUGCCACUGACUAACUAAAAAGGCAUGUUCAGGCGUGAGAAAGCAUAUUGAGCGAAUGUGAGUAAAAGCCCCCUCCCCCAGAGGGGUAUAUAGCAGACAAGGUGAUGUUACAUGUGCACCAGUGCCUCUUGUCCAUGGAUCCAGUGUUUGUGUGUUUAGGCAGAUGCUUGAACAACCCUUAUGAAAUCAAAUGCUGGUUUCUCUUGACUUGAAAUGCUAAGAAGUUCAGCUAGUUUCCAUACACUUCACUAUCACUUCAUAAAGUGUAUGCUAAAAAAUAUUUGUCAUUCACAGGACAGGGUCUUGUUAGUAGCCAUAGUUACAAAACUCUGUUCAGCUCUAUUCAACACCUUUCAAUAGGACUUAUAGAACUGUAUUUUCACUGCUGUUAAUGGCUGAAGCUGUGGCUGUCCUUGUGCAUGUAUUUGCUCAUAAUAGUUCAUCCUGGCUUUAAUGAUAUUUUGUACUUUUUUGAAAUGUUGUUUUAACUUGGCUUUCAAGUUGAAUUGUGGUUUAUUUGGGAAUAUUGUGGACUGAAUUCAGAAACUGCUGGAAAAGCAGUCUAUAACAUUAAUUAAUUAAUUAAUUAAUUAAUUAAUUAAUUAAGGCUUGUGUAUUUUCUCUUCCCAGGUAUGCUAUUCACAACUCUGGCAUCAGUUUUUCAGUUAAAAAGGCGAGUAAACUUUUGCUUCCUCACUAUUGCUAAAUAGCGGUUAUGGUAAUAUUACAGUGUCCAAACCAUAUUCCUUUAUAUAUUUAUUUUUCUAAAAAAAUAUGUAACAUGGUCAGUUAAAGAAAUGAAGCUCAACCUAGUUAUAGUUUUAAACAUAAAGGGUGGUAUUAAAUGCUAGCCUUACUCAGAGUAGACCCGUUGAUUGUUAAUGGAUAUGACUAACUUAGGUUCAUUAAUUCCUAUGGGUCUGUUCUGUGUAGGACUUUGUUGAAUGCAACCCAAAAUCUAGAAAUUCAGGUACAGGCAAUGACCAAUUAAUGCACAGCCAAAAAACACAUGAUCACGCAUGUGUGCACAGCACCAGAUCUGGAAGUGACCAAAAACUUCACAAAACAAGUCAUUAAAAGGGCAGAAUGGGGGCGUGGCGGGACAUAACAAGGCACUCCACCAACACACACAGGGGCCAGGAACCGAACCCCCAUGUGAAACGGUCAUUAAUUGUAUUCUGUGGUGAUCACAAAGUUGCCUGAGGGCUUUUUUUUAAGCUAUGAAAUUCCUUAUUUCAAACAUAUCUGGUUAGAAUUCUUAAAGCUACACAAUUUUGCACAUUUUCCUGGGAUUAAGCUCUGCUGAAUACAGUGAAUGAUUUUGGUAAAUUAAUUGGCAAUCAAUAUACAGUGGUACCUUGGUUUACAAACUUAAUCUGUUCCGGAAGUCCGUUCUUAAACCAAAGCAUUCUUAAACCAAGGCGUGCUUUCCCAUAGCAGCUGGGGACUCAAUUUACAAAUGGAACACACUGAACAGAAAGCGGAAGAUGUUCUGUUUCCAAGGCAAAGUUCACAAACCAAAACACCUACUUCCGGGUUUGCAGUGUUCUUAAUCCAAGUUGUUCAUAAACUAAGCUGUUCUUAAACCAAGGUGCCACUGUAUAUAUUUAAUAAACCAACAAAACAAAAAUAGUAAAACACCCUAACUUUGGAUUGUUUAGUUUAAGUAGCAAAGGAGAUGAGAUCAGACCCUUUUCAAAAGUUGAGGGUUUUUUUUUAUAACAAAUGGCAAUUUUAUAACUGUGAAGGCUGUCUUGGAGACAAGAGGGAAUAGAGGGAGGAGUGAUGCUGCAGCUAGCACCAGCUUGCUGGAAGAAAAGUUGUUGGGACGGUGGGAGAAUUGCAGUAAAAAUUGAAAAGCUGACAAGAUGGAUAGUUAUACCUUUCUUUCCUUUUAUGAGCUAUCCAAACAUGGCAGGGUGCAGGAAUCCUUGGGGAAAAUCCAAAAUGAAGGCCUGAAGAAAAUUAUUUCCUCUGCUGUGGCACAUUUUACAAAUCAGGCUACAUGGGAGUACAGAAAAAGGGCAUUCAAAGCUGGAGUUUCAGACAAAUUCAGGCAACAUUUAUCUAAGCAAGCCAGGGUGUCUGGCCGCAAAACUAACAAAGGACACACUCAGAAGACUAUGGGGAGACUUGUUGAGUUCAGUGGUUCAGAGGUAGUUAUAACCUUGGAUUACAAGACAAAAAGAAUGCAUGGUCCUGGAUGGCACAAAAGAAAGUCAGUUGUCUUGUUCCUGCUUAGUAGAGUGGAGGGGCGAGGGAGGUAUGGCGGUGGGGGCAGAUGUUAUAGGCGAAAGGGAUCGAGAUAUGGAUAUGCUCGUACCCCUUCUAAUCUGCGCCUCAUCCCGAGGGACGAGGGUAGGGUGAGCAAGGAUUACUCACCUCCGUCACUGGUGCUGUGCAAUGCCAGGUCUAUAGGCAACAAAACCGCCACCCUGCGAGAUUUGUUUAUCUCGCUGGGGGUCGACCGGGCUUGUGUGACGGAGACCUGGGUGCGCGAAGGGGCAACAGUUACCUUACGAGAGAUGGCGCCCCCGAGUUUCUCCGUCCUCCACCAGUCGCGGACUGUGGGCCGGGGGGGAGGGGUGGCAUUAUUAAUCCGGGAAGAUAAUCCUUUCAGGGCUCUACCAUCGCCAUUGAUCCCCGGCAUUGAAUGUGUUGGCCUAGUGUGGGGCUCCGAGGAGAGCUUGGCUGUCUGGCUGGUGUACCGGCCACCUAGUGCACCAGCAGCCACCCUGUCAGGCCUAUUGGAGGCUGUGGCUGGCUGGGCCUUGGAGUUCCCUAACCUAUCGGUAUUGGGGGACUUCAACAUCCAUGCUGAUGCCACUCCCUCCUCACAGGCUCAGGACCUGGUGUCUUCCAUGGCGACACUAGGGUUCUCCCAGUUUGUUUCGGGCCCCACACAUCAAGCAGGCCACACGCUGGAUUUGAUCUUUGGCGUAGGUAUAGAUGUGAUCAUGUCUCCUUCGAUGAAGGUGCCAUGGUCUGAUCACUACGCUCUGAAAGCCAGGAUUGACUUUCCACCCCCACCCUGCUUAGGUGGCGAGCCGAUUUGGGCUCGCCCGCAGAGGCUGAUGGACCCUGAUAGAUUCCGCCAAGCCUUUUGGGACCUUGCUCCCCCGACGACUCAUUGACUGAGCUUGUUGAGGGCUGGAAUAUCCAGCUCCUGGCAGCCAUCGAUGAGAUCGCACCUAAGCGCCCUCUGCGACCCCGCAGAAACCGGGCUCCCUGGUUUACCGAGGAGCUCCGGAAAAUGAAGCGGGACCUCAGACGGCUAGAGCGAGUAUGGCAGGGUGCCCGUGACGGAGCCUCAAGAACAUCUUAUAGGGCUUUUAUGAAAACCUACGAGAUGGCGGUGAAGGCUGCUAAGAAGUCUUACUUCUCAGCCUCCAUUGCAUCUGCUAGCUCUCGCCCGGCGCAAUUAUUUAGUAUAAUCAGGUCUUUAACGUCCCUUGAGGGACAGCCAAAUUUAAAUAACAAUUUGACACACAGCUGUGAGGCAUUUGCGAGCUUUUUUGCGGAGAAGGUCUUGUUGCUCCGCCAUGACCUCCCUGCCAAUUUGGAUACAAUAAAGGAACUGGAGGCCCCUCGACGGUCCUCGGGUCCAGUAUUGGACCACUUCGACCGGAUAUCCCCAGCUGAGCCGGACAGACUCCUCCGAGCUGGAAAGCCCACCACCUGUCCUCUCGACCCGUGCCCGUCUUGGCUGAUUAGAGCGUGUCCAGACGAGGUGCGGGCCCUCCUGGGGGAUAUCAUCAAUUUGUCCCUUGGCACGGGACAUUCCCAGGGGAACUGAAGGAGACAGUGGUGCGCCCGCUCUUAAAGAAAACAUCAUUCGAUCCUUUAGAUCUAUCCACCACCGCCCGGUUUCGAAUCUUCCGUUCCUGGGUAAGGUGAUUGAGAGAGCGGUUGCUGAACAGCUUGGUGGGUUUCUGGAUGAAACAUCGGCUCUGGAUCCAUUCCAGUGCAGCUUCCGCGCUGGUCAUGGGACCAAGACGGCUCUGGUUGCCCUAACAGAUGAUCUUCGUAGACAGCUGGAUUGAGGCGGGUCGGGGCUGCUGAUUCCUCUAGAUUUGUCAGCAGCUUUCGACAUGGUCGAUCACGAACUCCUGGACCACCGCCUUGCUGACGUGGGGAUCCAGGGCACAGUCCUUCAAUGGCUGCGCUCGUUUCUCUCUGGUCGGGGACAGAGGGUGGCGCUUGGGGGAAUUGUCAUCGCGCCACUCCUUGGUGUGUGGAGUACCUCAGGGUGCGAUACUCUCCCGAUGCUUUUAACAUCUUUAUGCGCCCGCCCAGCUUGUCCGGAGUUUUGGGCUGGGUUGCCAUCAGUAUGCCGAUGACACCCAACUCUAUCUGUUGAUGGAUGGCCAUCCUGACUCGGCCCCAGACACACUGACCAGAUGUUUCGAAGCUGUGGCUGGAUGGUUACGUGGGAGCCGGUUGAAGCUAAAUCCUUCGAAGACAGAGACCCUGUGGCUGGGAUGAGACGAUAUGGGAUUGGGGGGGCAACUCCCAUCUCAUGCGGGGGCGCAAUUAGUGCCAGCACCGUCCGUUAAGAGUUUGGGUGUAAUCUUCGACACCUCCCUUUCCAUGGAGGCGCAGAUUGCAGCUAUAACAAAGGCGGCAUUUUUCCAUCUCCGCCAAGCUAAGCAGUUGGCUCCUUACCUCUCUCACCCUGACCUAGCCACUGUGAUCCACGCGACGGUCACCUCCAGACUGGAUUUUUUUUUGUUAUUAAUAUUUAUUAAAGUUUCAGAAAAGAAAUAAAAUCACAUUAAUAAACAAGAAAAAUUUAAAAAGAAAAAUACACAAUACAAAAUAGAGAAUACAAAAUACAAAAAGAGAAAAAGAGAAAAAAACAGUUAAAAACAAUUCCGUCUUUUCAUAACUUCUUUUACAUUUACUUGUUUCCCGGACUUCCUCAUACCUCCAUCUUUUGUAUUCCAAAAGACUGGAUUAUUGUAACUCGCUCUACGUGGGGCUGCCCUUGAGACUGACCCAGAAACUCCAGCGGGUGCAGAAUGCUGCAGCGAGACUCCUUAGGGGGUCUUCGCUGCGAGAUCACAUUCACCCGGUGCUAUACCAGCUGCACUGGCUCCCGGUGGAGUACAGCAUCAGGUUUAAGGUGCUGGUUUUAACCUUUAAAGCCCUAUACGGCCUAGGACCCUCGUACCUACGGGACCGCCUCUCCUGGUAUGCCCCACAGAGAAACUUAUGGUCUUCAGAUAAAAACAUCUUGAAGGUCCCAGGCCACAGAGAAGUUAGGCUGGCCUCAACUAGAGCCAGGGCUUUUUCGGCCGUGGCUCCGAUCUGGUGGAACACUCUGUCACAAGAGACUAGGGCCCUGCGGGACUUGACAUCUUUCCGCAGGGCCUGCAAGACAGAGCUGUUCCACCAGGCCUUUGGCCAGGGCGCAGCCUGACUCCCUCCCUCGGCAAUCUUCGCAGAGCUCUGGCCCAAUGGUUGCCAGUGGCUUGAUUUGAAUUAAUUUUAUAAUGAAUGGUUUUAGAGUGUUGUUUGUGCUGUACUUUUGUACUGUUUUAUUGUUGUUAGCUGUUCUGAGCCCAGCUUCGGCUGGGAGGGCGGGAUAUAAAUAAAAUUUAUAUUAUUAUUAUUAUUAUUAUUAUUAUUAUUAUUAUUAUAAAAGAAGUCUAGUUUUUAGGUAGUGUUGAAAGUACCAUAUUUUUCGCCCUAUAGGACGCACUUUUUCCCCUCCAAAAUGAAGGGGAAAUGUGUGUGCGUCCUAUGGGGCGAAUGCAGGCUUUCCCGGGCUUCCUGCAGCUCCGCGCCACCCUCCGGAUCCCGGCGCGAAGCCCCGGAGGGUAGCGCAGAGCUGCUUGCGCUCCAGGGCUUCUUGCAGCUCUGCGCCACCCUCCGGAUCCCGGCGCGAAGCCGCACGGGGCUCCGGAGGGUAGCACAGAGCUGCGUGCGCUCCAGGGCUUCUUGCAGCUCUGCGCCACCCUCCGGAUCCCGGCGCGAAGGUGCGUGGGGCUCCGGAGGGUGGCGCAGAGCCGCCUGCGCUCCAGGGCUUCCUGCAGCUCCGUGCCACCCUCCGGAUCCCGGCGCGAAGCUGCGCGGGGCUCUGGAGAGUAGCGCAGAGCUGCCUGCAUUCUGAAGCCUGGUGCGCACUGAAGAGCAUGCCCGGGCUUCACGCACCUCUCCGCAAGCCUGGGGAGACCGGCUCGGUUCCCUAGGUUUGCGGAUAGCAGGCUGUUCUGGGGGCUGGGGUCGGGGGAAGCUCGGGCUUCCCCCGCGCCUGCCCCGUGCCUGGGGAGGGAAAAUUUUUUUUCCCUUUAUUUCCCCUCCCCCCCCCAAAAAAUUAGGUGCGUCCUAUCGGGCGGUGCGUCCUAUGGGGCGAAAAAUACGGUACUACUUUUGAAGGACACUUUAAAUUGUAGGCUCUCCAGAGGCUUCUUUCUCUCACUGAGGCUUCUUUCAUUAGGUUGGACCGAAGGGGUGCCUGUGUCAAUGCUUUUCCUUAUCCAUUUCAUUUGCGGUUUGGCUGGGAACUUCAAGUGCACUAUCUCCUGGUUUGUUAGAUCCUUAAUAUCUCUCUCCUCCCCCCCCCCCAAAUCACACCUUAGCAGUUCUCCUUCCUAGACAGAAUGGCCUUUUGAACCCAGGUUCUCAUGAGGAGAUGCACAACAGGAUGGCAAAAUAUUGUUCACUGGCAGUACAAUGCAACUGUUUUGAUAAAUCCAAUUUGUUUUGAUAAAUGUAAAUUUCCAUUCAACAUGCCUUUUAAGUUGCCUAAAUAUCUUCAUAUAAUACAUCAGAAACAUUAGUAAACGUAAAUCUAAAUAUUCUCUUUUUAGCAAGGUGAUACAGUAGCAGAUGUUAGAACGCUGUUGAAUGCUACAACCGUUGACAAUAUCCGCUCCGUCUUUGGAAAUGCUGUUAGCAGGUACACUGAUCUCAAAAUUCAAUUUAACUUAAGAAUAAAUGUCAAACACUUUAUAAUAGUAGCAGACAAAACCCCUCUGAUUAUGACAACAGUUGUCUUAACAUUAAAUGCUGUGGGGUACAUUUGAGAGUAUAUUUUAACAGGCCCAGGAAUAUUUCAUAUGGAAACAGCUCUAGCGUACAUCGAUUUUUCAGUGUACUUCCUAAAGAUUGAGGAAAGCAUAAUCAAGAAAAUCUAGAAUUUGACACAGGGCAACAGCAGGAGAGGGAAAUGAAGACAUAGUAAAUGGUGAAGAAUAUGUAGUUAUUUCAGAUUUGCCUACCUACUUAGAAUCGUAGAAUCUUAGAACUGUUGGAAGUGACUGAGGGGCAUCUAGUCCAACCCUCUGCAAUGCUGGAAUCUCUGCUAGAUCAUACAUGACAAAUUGCCAUUCAGCCUCAGCUUAAAAACCUCCAAGGAAGAAGAGUCCACUACAUAUCAUGGGAAGUCUGUUCCACUGUUGAACAGCUCUUACUAUCACAAAGUUCUUCCUGAUAUAUAGUUGGAGUCUGCUUUCUUGUUACUUAAAUCUAUUGGCUCAGGUCCUAGCCUCCGGAGCAGGAGAGAAAAAGUUUGCUCUAUAUGACAGCCCUUUAGAUAUUUGAAGCUGGCUAUCAUAUCUCCUCUCAGUUACUACUUUACCAGGCUAAACAUACCCAACCGUUCCUCAUGAGGCUUGGUUUCCAGAGCCUUUAGCAUUCCCCCAAUUUCUUCAUCCAAGUCAUUAAUAAAGAUACUGAACAACAACGGGCCUAGGACAGAACCCUACAGCACACCAUUUGUCACUUUUUUCCAGAAUGAUGAUGAACCAUUAGUGAGCAUACUUUGGGUUCAGCCAGUCAACCAGCUACAAAUUUACCUGACUGCUAUCUGGUCCGGUACACAUUUUAUCAACUUCUCUGCAAGAAUAUUAUGGGGGACUUUUAUCAAAAGCCUUAUUGAAUUCAAGGUACACUACGUUCACAGCCUUCCCCUGAGCCAUCAAGCUUGUAACUCUAUCCAAAGAGAGGGAGAGAUUCGUCUGGCAUGAGUUGUUUUUGGAGAAACCCAUGCUUGUUCUUAGUAAUCACAGCAACUUUAAGAGUAGUCUACUUAACAGUAAAUGUAACAGCUUAGUAUUGAGGCCAGGGGGCUGUGUCAAGGACUUCACAGAAAAAAGACAGCCUUUUAAAGGCUUUUGAACCAAAUUGGACAGAUAGUGAUUUGAAUAAUUAAAUAUCUCUUAAACCACUGCUGAAACAGGCCUCUCAAUGCAUUUUCAGUUGUGUUUGUAGAAAGAGCCUCUCUCCCGUCAUUACUCAGACAACAUAGAGCAAAUCAGCAGAACUGUUUGCUGCCUGUUCUUUAGGAUUCCUGCCAACACUGGCAUAAAGGUCAGUGUGAGACUUUCUAAAUUUAGAAAUGACAGUUACAGUAGUAGGGCUGAACAGUCAAUACUUCCGCCAUGCUGGCAGAAACAGUACUGAAAAGAAGGCAUUGCUUUUCUAAUGAAAACUAUACAGAAUAGCUUGUUCAUUGCUGAGUUCUGUUUACGCAGCUGUAAAUCACCCUCCCUUUUCUGUACAAAACAUCUUGAUCUGACCUUUGGUUUCUUAAAGAAUGUGGGUGAAGGCACCUGUAGUAAAAGUUAAUGUUAAAUCAUUUCUAGGCUAUGUUGUAUAAAGUUGUCUUAGAAGGGAGAGAAAAUCACUUGUUCAAUAUAUUAGUGAAGCUGCCCUUGAAUUAUUGUUCCUUCUUUGUCAACAUUGUGUUUAGAUGUUUAAUUACAAGAAUAGGCCUGGUUCAGAUGAUAAUCUAUAACACCAUUCCCCAACCUACUGCCACUCCCAACUGCUGGCUGGCGCUGAUGGGAAUUAGAGUCCAACAUCUGAGGGUACCGGAUUGGCAAAGGCUGAUCUACAGCAUGAUUUGUUUAAAUGGUUUGUUAACCAUGGUUAAAGUAAAUCACAGUUCCCUGGCUUUGUAUUUAACAGUCGGUGGAUAUUAUAUGUAUUUGCAAAGUAAGGGGGGAGAGCAGAGAGCUUGCUAAGCCUUAUGCUUGGUAUAGACCAUCAUCUGAACCAGGCCUUAGAAUGUGUCCCUGUGAAAAGGUAGGGGUGAAUCUGGCCACUCUCCAUAAAUGGCAUCCCAUUGUAGUAAAAGGAGAAAAGUAAUUCUGAUGAAUGACAAUGUAAAGACCCCUUCAUCGUCUGUUUAACUCGUUGCUCGUUUUCCCUCUCUUUCUAUUUUGUGGGAUGAAGGUUUUGUUGGCGUAGUAUGUAAUGAAUUUUAAUAUUUUUUAACUAUUGUUGUGUUAAUGUUUGUGUACAGGCAUGGUCCUCACAAUAAACGGAUUUGACUCCUUAAAAUUCUGAUGAAACACUACUGAGGUGGAACAAAUGGCCACCAUUAAAGAGGCAAUAUAUAUUGGUAUUAAUUUAUUUUGUGUACAAUGAAAUCUUACUCAUUCCUGUGUUUGGGCCAUUGUAACGACACAGUCUCUAAUUACGAGUAAUUUGACAAACUACCGUAUUUUUCGCCCUAUAGGACGCACUUUUUCCCCUCCAAAAAUGAAGGGGAAAUGUGUGUGCGUCCUAUGGGGCGAAUACAGGCUUUCGCUGAAGCCUGGCGAGCGAUAGGAGUUGGUGCGCACCGAUCCCUCUCGCUCUCCAGGCUUCAGGAAGCUCUGCGCAACCCUCCGGAGCCCGGCGCCAAGCCGCGCCCGCCUCCGGAGGGUCGCACAGAGCUGCCUGUCCUCCUGGGCUCCGCGCAGCUCUGCGCGACCCUCCGGAGGGUCGUGCAGAGCUGCCUGCAUUCCAAAGCCUCGGGCGUGCUGAAGAGCGCGCCCGGGCUUCGCACAGCUGUCCGCAACCCUGGGGAGUCCGGCGCGGCUCCCUAGGCUUGCGGAUAGCAGGCUGUUCUGGGGGCUGGGGUCGGGGGAAGCUUGGGCUUCCCCCACGCCAGCCCCGUGCCUGGGGGGGGGGGGAAUAAUUUUUUUUCUUUAUUCCCUCCCCCCCCAAAAAAAACUAGGUGUGUCCUAUAGGGUGGUGCGUCCUGUGGGGCGAAAAAUACGGUAUGUAAUGAAUUUACUUAAAUACAGAUACUUAUCUGUGUGGCAUUCUGAAAUUUGAAUUUGGAAGAGAGCAGGCCUUUGUACUCAUAACUGGGAGUAAGUUCCAGUGAACCAAGUGGGGCUGGCUUUUGAGUCAGCAUGUAUAGGAUUGCCCUACGAAAGACAUAAAAUAGCUUUAAGUAUGUUCUAUUGCUCCUUAAUUUUUGGUCAGAUUAGAGUUACUGAAUAAAUACAUGGAUAUGAAGUUUAUGAAGAUUUGAUUGUGUCCUAGAGAAAUGGUUUCUAAGAAUACAGAAGGGGGAAUUAAUUACUUUUUAAUUUUAUCCAGAGAGUUGAUUGAAGUGGGCUGUGAAGAUGCAACAUUGGCUUUUAAAAUGAAGGGUUACGUAACCAAUGCAAACUAUUCAGUAAAGAAAUGCAUCUUCUUGCUUUUCAUAAACCGUAAGUACCAAAGUACACAUUUCUCGGUGUUCUAGGGCAUUACAUGGGGUUGGAUUAGAUGAUUCCUGGGUUUCCUUAUGAUUCUAUGAAAUUUUCUGUAGUCUUAACAAGGUAACACUUUCUCUAUUAAACAAUGGUUGUGAGCAGUGUUUAACGUUGCUGGCAGUGAAGUGCUGUCCAGAGAAAGAAGGGGUUGCUUUUGUCUCCUGGCUUUAUUUCUUGAUUUUAUUAUGUGUUUUAAAGGGUCAGGGAUUAUGCCCUAAACUCCCAAAUUUUGCUGUUUUAAUGCAUUGUGCAUAUUAGUCACAUUUGCUCUGCUUUGAUAGUAAGGGUCAUUUCAGACAGAGGAGUUUUUAAGGGUCAGCCAAGCAGAAUUGGCAUGCCAGGCAUUUCCAAGCCACAUGGAAGCUGUGUUUUGCAGCAAGAACUGCUGCUGCUGCUGUCCCAGUGCAUCAGGUUCAGCUCAGAUGGAAACAGUGAGACUAACCAUUUGAUGCUGCCAAACUCCUGUACUAAACAAUACUGUUUCUUGAGGUGGUGUUUCCCCUCUGGUGCCCAACAGCUGGGGCAAACUGCCAUCUGGAAACCCACUCACUUUCUUUGUCAGAAUUUACAGUGUUUGUCCACUGUAUUUGUAAGAAAUUGGGACUGGCAUAGCUGAGAAGCAGUGGCCUGUUUCAGACAAGAUGUUAUACUGGGGUAGGAAACUGGGGUGGGGAAAUCACAUCUGGGAACGAAUGCUUUCUUUUGGUUUCAGAUAGUUCAUUAAAAAGCCUAUGCUCCAAGGAAGCUUAGUUUGGUCAGAAUCAAGUAUAUACUUAUACUUCAGAGUUAAUCCAAAAACAUAACCAUAGUUUCUAGAGGGCCAUGAAAAUAUGUGUCCUAGGCUUUUUAGACUCCUCUACCCAAGAGGUGCAUUGGUUGUCAGAUGUGAAAUAUAUUGGCCUUAUUUACAGUUCUCCUGCCCCUCAUAUAAUUUAGUAUACCAUAUUUGAGUCUGAGUUCACACAUAACUGCAAACUGACUUGCCAAAAACAGAAGGAAGAAACAGUGAAUUAAGUUGAGUAUAGUACUGCUGUACUCAAGGUCUUUGAAAGAAAUAUAAGUCCCUGUUUGACUUUCUUAACUUUCUACUUGAUACAAACAAGUAGACCUAAAAUAUUGCACCUCUCAGUGCUCCAGCUUUGUCUUCCAACGUACCGGUAGGUAUCCUACUUGGUUAGGGCAGGGCAGUUAAUCCAUUCUUUACACUUUCACUAGAUAAUCCUUUGCAGUACAGACAUUAGCUGUUAAUCCAGAGAAAGUAAAGUGCAUUUAAGUGUCAUUGAAAUAAUCGGUUCCAAGGCAAUGUGUUUAUUUGUAAAGUAAACAUAUGCAUGGGAAGGUUAUUUAGGAUCAGGGUGUGGCAUUGCAUCUGGUGGUCAUGAACAUGCAAAAUUGCGGAUAUAUUCUGAGGACUGCUGAUGAUAAAGUCACAUUUGCUUUUUAAUUGUUACCAUAUAUUUCCAGUUGGUUAUAUAAAUAAAAAAGUGAAGAUCUAGACUGAUCAGAGAUGGGUGUAAAAGUUGUAUUAUACAGAAAGUAAUGUAGACUGCUUACCUGUCUCCCCUGAUUUUUAUGUUUUUCCUCCCUAGAUCGCCUGGUUGAGUCAAAUGCUUUGCGAAAAGCAAUAGAAACUGUAUAUGCGGCUUAUUUACCUAAAAAUACACAUCCAUUUUUAUACAUAAGGUAAAAUGUUUUUUUCUAUGUAGAGUCAUGUGACCACGAAAAAGAUAAAAAUGCAUCUAGGCUGCAAUCAUAUGCACACAGGGAGUAAGCCCCCCUAAACACAGUGGGCCUCACUUUUGAGUAAAAAUGGGCAAGAUUUUGUUUAACCUCAGUUAAACAAAAUUAACCUUGCUAAGCAGUGCUUGCUAUCAUUUGUUUUUAUUAAAUAAAAACCAAGUACAAAUCUAGAGUUAAGAGCAAUGAAAACAGUGGAUGCAGUUUAUCAUUACCUUAACAUGCAUGUACAUCAAAAAUAUUCCUAAUGUCAUUGCAGUAUGAGUACUAAUCCAUAUUUUAGUUUUUUAAAUUUCCAGGUAAUACAAAAGCUAAAUAAUCAUCAGCUCAAUAAUAAAUAAGAGACUUGAAAUGUUAUUUCUCUGCAGUUUUAAAAACUCAGAAGCACUACAAACAAGGAUCCAAUCUCUGAGAAACACAGAGCACCCUAAACUCUGUGGCUGUGGCACUGUGACGUUAACAUGUGAGAGUGCUGGAGGUGAAAUAGUUAAGCAGGUUACCCAAUCAGAACCCAGAGGGGUGGAGUCAGAGGGACUAUAAAACCAGCUCUGGAAGGGGUAAAGGGAGGAGUUAGUUGGGAGUUCGGUGGUUGGUUGGUGUGGGAGUGAAUUGGGAUAGAGUUUGUGUGUAGGUUGAGUUAGUGUAGCGAAAUAAGCUGAGUCAGGAAUAGUUAGGGGCUAGGAAAACAAGUAAAUAUCUGAGAGAUGGUUUAGUGAGUGAGAGCAGGUAGCGGAAGUUAUAGGUCUGGAUAGGCACCCCAUGAUUGUAAUUGACCAAUACCGUUUAUGAAACCACACGCUUUUUAAACUGCAAUAAAUAAACAGAAGUUUAUGUUCGAAUUUAACCCUGACUGGACUCAGUAUUGUACCAGGUAGGGCCUGGGUGGUGGCAGCGAGAAAUAAAGUGGUGGCACAGGGAUCAAUAGACGGUGAAACGUCCGGGGACCCUGUGUGAUCGCCACAAGCACCCACUCUAACAAAUAUGCUGAAGUGCCGUUCUUUUGAUUAACUUUGCAUGGUGUUCUCAAAAUGUCUUGCAGCCUAGAAAUAAACCCUCAGAACGUAGAUGUGAAUGUGCAUCCCACAAAGCAUGAAGUUCAUUUCCUUCAUGAAGACAGCAUCUUGGAGAGUGUACAGCAACACAUAGAGAGCAAAUUGUUGGGCUCUAACUCAUCAAGGGUAUAUUUUACACAGGUGAGUGAAUCUGAGCACGUCACUGAAAAGGAAAAAGCUAACCAGUCUGCUUUGUUGGUGGUUGCGAGAGUGAGUGCUCUGCAUUCAGGAUUUGGAUUUGUUUUGUCUAGUGAAAUGUUUUGGAUAAGCUGGACUUAACAAAACAAAAUGUCAUUUUUAGGUGUGUUCUUUAAUAUAGAUUAGUGGUUUACACAAAAAAGGGCCCAAAGACAGACCAUUGCUGCACACAAACAGAUAAAGUGGCCUCAACUGAACCGACAGAGGUUUUAUGCCAGGCAAAUAUGGAAUAUACUGGUGAUGGGACAUUUGGAAACCACUGAUAAAGGGCAUUAACAUGAUUCUAUUUGACAGAAAGGGGAUAAUGGACAGAAUCAAUGUUAAGUAGACAGUUGUGAUUCACUUUAUAUGUGCAAAUGGGAUAGAUUUCUGUAUGCAUUUGGUCUUCAACUAGAAGGCAGUACUCAUAGAAUCAUACAGUUGUAGAUUUGGAAGGGACCCCAAAUAUCAUCUAGACCAAUCCCCUGCAAUGCUUUUGUCAAGAGCAGGCUGUUACGUUUGGCAUAAUCUGUAAUAGCUACUCCACACAGGUAGAUUAUGUUAUAGUUGCAGCUAUGUGAUGCCUGUGAAUUGUGCUUAUCUGGCUUUCCAACUAGCUUAGAAGGAGACUUGUACAGUUCCAGAUACUGAAUUGUUUCUCUUUCAUCUCUUCCUUUAAGACAUUGCUGCCAGGUGUUCCUGCCUCUUCCACCGAUGUUGUUAAAUCAGCAAGUUCUUCAACUAAUCAAGGGGGAGACAAGGUCUGUGCCCGUCAGAUGGUCCGCACUGAUUCCCGGGAACAGAAACUGGAUGCUUUUCUUCAGCCAGCAAAUAAACCUAGGCCAUCUGAACUUUCUGCAGUGACAUCCCAGGAUAACAACAACAAGCAGAGUUGCAAGGGAACUGGACUACAAGAUGCUGAGAUGGAAGACUGCAGUGACUUGAAUUCAAGAAAUCUAAGAGUAGAAGCUGUGGAGAUUGCAGAAGGGUCAACAGAAAGUCAACCAGCACCUCUUGAAGCUCUACCUGCUAGGUAUGAGUGAUCUCUGUGGAAUAGCAUUUCUAAGUUAACUACCAUUGAUGAGAACUCGGCAUCUUCUUCUCCCUCCUCUUUGCUUGGUGACGCUCCUGAAUCACAGCACUUUUCUGUCUUUGACAUUCUUUUUUGGGGGGAAAAGGGUUGCCCCAGGCUGAAUUAAGAAGUCUUGUCUUUUUAGUUCUCUUUAACACAUUUAUCACCUCUUUUUCGGAAAUAAUAGCACUAAAUAAAAACCACACAAACUAUCCUAUGUAAAACACUUGGAAAUGUUAAAACCAAUAGCAGAGUGAAACAAUGCCGUAUUUUUCGCUCUAUAGGACACACUUUUUCCCCUCCAAAAAUGAAGGGGAAAUGUGUGUGCGUCCUAUGGAGCAAAUGCAGAUAAGUGCUUGCAGCCCGGGGAGCGCGGCAUUGCGCACCCCGGGCUUAGGGCAGCUAUCCGCAAGCCUGGGGAGCCCGGCGGGAAUUCCUGCCAUGCUCAGAAGGCUUGCGGAUAGCAGCAAGCUCUGGGAGCGAUGGCGAGGUUGAGCGCAACCUCGCCUUCGCUCCUGGACCUGUUCUGGGGGCUGGGGUCAGGGGAAGCUCGGGCUUCCCCCACCCCCCAACCUGGCAAGCUCCGGGAGCGAUGGCAAGGUUGAGCGCAAUCUCGCUUUCGCUCCCGGACCCGUUCUGGGGGCUGGAGUCGGGGGAAGCUCGGGCUUCCCCUGCCCCAGCCCCGAGGCUAAAACCGAAGCCAAGACAGCAAGCGGGAUCCAUCCCGCUCACUGUCAUGGCUUCUUUGCUCUUUGGGGCUCGAGGGGGGGGAAAUAAUUUCCCCCCCCUUUAUUCCCCCCCCCCCAAAAAGCUAGGUGCGCCCUAUGGCCCGGUGCGCCUUAUAGAGCGAAAAAUACGGUAAAUACAUCUAGUUAAUAAAAAGGACCAGCAUAAUAGGUCACCUUGGCAGAUAAAGACUGGGUCUAGAAGCACUCACUAGCAUCUACCGUAUUUUUUGCUCUACAGUGGUGCCCCGCAAGACGAAAAACUCGCAAGACGAAAAACUCGCUAGACGAAAGAGUUUUCCGUUUUUUGAGUCGUUCUGCAAGACGAAUUUCCCUAUGGGCUUGCUUCGCAAGACGAAAUGUCUUGCGAGUUCUUGUGAGUUUGUUUCCUUUUUCUUAAAGCCGCUAAUAGCCGCUAAGCCGCUAAUAGCCGUGCUUCGCAAGACGAAAAAACCGCAAGACGAAGAGACUCGCGGAACGGAUUAAUUUCGUCUUGCGAGGCACCACUGUAUAAGACUCACUUUUUCCCUCCUAAAAAGUAAGGGGAAAUGUGUGUGCAUCUUAUGGAGCGAAUGCAGGCUGCGCAGCUAUCCCAGAAGCCAGAACAGCAAGAGGGAUCGCUGCUUUCACUGUGCAGCGAUCUCUCUUGCUGUUCUGGCUUCUGGGAUUCAGAAUAUUUUUUUCCUUGUUUUCCUCCUCCAAAAGCUAGGUGCGUCUUAUGGGCUGGUGCGUCUUAUGGAGCAAAAAAUACGGUAUUUCUGCUUGUGGCCAAAUUUUGCUGUCAUAGUUUAGCUCCAUAAGCCUUGGGCAGAUUUUCUGGUAAAUGUAGCUUUUGAGUGUGAAAUGUAUUUUUUAAUCUACUUAACCAAAUACCUGUUUAAUUACUCCAGAGUUAAUCACAGCACUCUGCUUUGACUUAUAUACAUGUCAAAUAGUACAAAAUGCAUUUCCUUUUCAUAUUCCAGAAAGAGGCAGCGAACAAAAUGUGAUGUGGAAAUGGAAGAACAGCAAAAACAGGAAAUGACUGCUGCCUGCGUUCCAAGAAGGAGAAUUGUGAACCUAACUAGCAUAGCAACCCUUCAAGAGGAAAUUAGUAAUCGGGCACAUGCAAGUAUGUAUGUUCUGCUAUUACCGUUGUGUUUCAUGGCAAAUUUAGACCCACUAAGAUAGCAUAACUUGCAUUACAGGAUUUAUAAAAACUAUCUCCUAUGUCAGGAAUGCUCUUUAUUUUUUAUUUUUACUAUACUAUGAAGUAUUAAAUUGCACUCAAGGCUAAUACUCUGCUAAAAAAUCAGCUUGGAAAAUCAAAGCUUUAUAUACUUUAGCUAGAGAUGUAGGGAUAAGGGGGGGAAAUUCUGAACAGCACAGAAAGGGUCAGAGUUGGACAUGGAGACUAGGCUGCUGCAAUUUGUUGAUACUGUUUUGGAAAUAGUCACACAUGAAGGAGGCAUUGAUUGAGAACACUGUUGGCAGCUGCUCAUGACCCAUUACAGAAGCAGUUCAGAAGAAUGGAGCAGAAUUCUGCUCUCAGGUCCAGUAAAUAUUUAUUUUGAAGGAAACAAAAUAGCUUGCAAAUUUUUUAUGUGGGUGGCUUCCUUUCAGCUGCUGCUUGCAUUGUUCAGGGCAAAAUUCUUCUGUAAUAGAAGCAGCUGAAGUUUAACAGGCAUUAAAUUAAUUAAUUAAUUAAUAGUUGUAUUAUGAAGUGGAAGUACUUUGGAUCCAGUACUCUUUCCUUCAUUUUAGUACCUGGACACAGGUAGUUAACACCACUAGGCUACCUAUAUAGUCUGGCAGCUAGGUCUGGAAAAAUAAGGACUGGCACCCAGUUUCUAAUUUGCCAGCUCAGCUGGUUGGAGGCAACUGAGUUUUAAAGAAAGCUUAAAUGGAUAAAUACAUAGGUUAAAAUGAAGUUUUUGGAUUUAAACAAUCUUACAAACUGCAUGAAAGCCAACUCCUGGUUUGUGGAAUGGGCUUCUUGAGAUUUUUGGCAGAUUUGGAGCAUGUAGGUUUGCUGGAGGAAGCAUAUUCCAAGGAAUUCCACAGAAGGAAAGUACAUGCAACUUUAAGAACAGCAUGGGCAGCGAUUAAACUUCUUUCCAAAAUGCAUUUUUUUCUGAGUAAAAAGGAUUAGGCUCCAAUUGGGUUAUAUGAAAUUGAAUAAGAGUUGAUAUUUGAAGUCCAUAAUGCUUUUAAGUAUUUUAGUAAAUUGAAUAGUUGAGUUCUUAAAAGGAAGGAUAUUCUUCUGUAUUGUACUAAACAAGUGAUUUGGGUUAUUUCAGAUCUUCAAGAGAUGCUACAUGAUCAUUCCUUUGUUGGAUGUGUUAACCCUCAGUGGGCAUUGGUGCAGUAUCAGACAAAAUUGUAUCUGCUCAGUACCACAAAACUCAGGUAACAGAACCAAGUUAAAUAUAUUGUUUUAGUCAAGACAAAUAGUAUCCAGUAGCUUGAGAUAGGAAGAAAAUGAGUGAGUGCAUUUUCAAAUGGAGUGGUGUGGGCUGUGCUGUAGUUUUUAACUUUUUAGUACUUUCGGGUCACUGCCCCAAAAUAACAGCUGCAGCUGCGGAGGAACAGUGAGUGAAAACAUAGGUCAUUAGGACCAUGAAGAUAUUGUCUGGAUUCUAGUCAUCAGAGGAAAAACAGUUGAUGAACCUCCCAGAAAGGCUGGAGAGAGAUAAACGAUAUACAGUCAUACCUCGGGUUAAAUACGCUUCAGGUUGAGCAUUUUCAGGUUACGCUCCACGGCGACCCGGAAGUAACAAUGCGUUACUUCCGGGUUUUGCCCCAUGCGCAGAUGCUCAAAAUGACGUCACGUGCAUGCGCGGAAGCGGCGAAUCGCGGCCCGUGCAGACACAGGUUGCGUUCCCUUCAGGAUGUGAAUGGGGCUCUGGAAUGGAUCCCGUUCGCAUCCAGAGGUACCACUGUGUAUAGGAAGUAGAAAACAGAGAGGUCCUAGAAGACCAAAGAGUGGUUGAUGUUAAAGGAAGCUAUGGGUGCAGCUGGGUUAAGUUGGCCUCACCCUGUCAUUUGGGGUCAUUGCAUCUGCUGACCUAAGAGACAGUAAGAUGACUUUAUAACGUAUAGUUUGAACUGCUUUGAGUUUUAUAAAUGGAAAUGGGUAUGGCAGUUUUUAAAGUGAUAAACUUUCUAACCUUAUUUGUAACAUAAUUGUGUUUGCUUCUUAUACCAGCUCCCCUUCAUUAAUACAUACUUGUAAUGUUCUUAAGUUUCACAAGAAUUGUAGUCAGUGAUGUGUUCUUGCCCUUUAAUUAAUAUUAGAUUACAUAGGAAGCUGCCGUCUACAGAGUCAUUGCUACAUCUAGUUCAGUAUUGCCUGCAUUGAGUGGCAGCUCACCAGACUUUCAGUCUUUCCCAGCUCCUGCCUGGCGAUGCCAGGGAUUUAACCUGAGAUCUUCUGUGUAAGAAGCAGCUGCUCUGCCACUGAGCUACAGCCCUUCCCCCUGCAUCAGUUCCACUACUGGGAAGCUUAUCUAUUUUAUUAAACAAUGCUGGAUAUUUUAUCAUAACUGCUGUACUCUAGAAAAAUACAUACGUCCCACUCGUAGCUAAAACCCAUAGAUUUUAGUUGCCAUUGGAAUUCCAUAUUAAGGCUUCCUAUUCAUUGACAGUAUUACAGAGUGGACCAUGAGCAAAUAGCAAACUCUUUGUUUUUCCUUUCUCAAAGUCAAGAAAUGUUCUAUCAGAUCCUUAUCUAUGACUUUGGAAACUUCGGCGUUUUAAGAUUGUCAGUAAGUAUACACUUAAGUUAUCUAUCUUAUAUAUAACUUACUAAGAUAUAGAGCAGAUAUUGGGUAGAGCAAUCCUACCCAAUAUCUGGUGGUGGUGCAGGGAGGUUUGUGGUGCAGCCACUUCUGCAUCCAGAGCCCUAAUAUAGUCCUUAUUUUACACCAAAACAUUUUAGCUGCCAUUGAUUUCAAAGAUUAUCAUGGGGCAACAAAAUUAUUUUGAUUAGCCAAUGGAAAAAAUUAAAUUGAAUGGCUUGGGCUGUUGACACGAUUGCCCCUGAGCGCCCUCUCCCACUUGCUACAGCCCACUUGGUUCCUUGUGAGGAAGCAAGCUGGGAGAUGGUUUGAAUGUAAGUGAAAGAAAAGUCCAAUGGAAUGCAACUGAACACUGGUGAGGGCUCAUCAUUGAGCCUACUUAGUGGCAGUGAAGGCAGCAAUACUUUGCUGCUUCCAUUGCAUCCUCAAUAUGCUGUCCAGCAGAGCUUUAACAGGUAAUGUGAGGUCUUUUACAGUCUGGUCCGAAGAAGGGACAGAACCUAAAGUAACUUGUUGUGACUUUGUUUACAGAGCAUUUUGAGGAUAAAAUCACUUGCAUCUGCCAGGACCUUGACUUCACUGUUACAGCAGAUGAAUCUCAAAAGGUGUCCAGAGCACUGUCUAGUCCUGUUGCAUUGGAUGAGUUUCAGUUAGUAAGGCUUGAGGACAUGGACAAGGUGCCUGGAUUGGUCACUUACGCUUUGGACUCUUGCCUGCUCUUAGCUGACAAAAGCUAGCAGGGAGGGGACAACUGGCUGGGCCAGGGAGCUGAUCAGUGCUUCCAUACAAGAGGGGAUGGUUCCUGCCUGAUUGAAGGAGGCAGUGGUUAAACCACUCCUUGUAUUUGGAAAACCUAAGUAAUUACUGGCCAGCUGCCAAUCUCCUCUACUUGGGCAAGGUUCUUGAGCACAUAGUCAGAGACCAGAUCCAAGUGCUUUGUCUGAGUUAGGUAUUGUUGGCUCCACUUUGCUGUGGUUCCAGUCCUACUUGGGUAGAUGUGUCGAGAGGGUGAUGCCUGAGGAGCCAUGUGGAACCUUCACUGUAGGGUUCCCCAUGGUUUGAUUUUAUCCCCUUUGCUAUUUAACAAUGAAACCGCUGAGUGGGGUCAGUGGGCUGAAUAUGUUGUCAGCGAUAUGCUGAUGACACACGACUCUACGUCUCCUUUACAUCUGCAGGCAGUGGAUGUGCUGGACUGUUGUCUUGCCUCAGUAAUGGACUAGAUGAGAACCAACAAACUGAAGCUCAAUCCAAAUAAACUAAAACACUGUUAGUAGGUGGUUCCCUAGACUGGAUGGAUGGGAGGUGGCAUCCUCUUGAUAGGGUUACAGUCCUUUUAAAGAAGCAUCCAUCCCCCAAGCUGUAUGUAAUUGUGGAAAAGUCAGUUGCGUGCAUGAAUGACAGGUAAUGAUUUGUGCUAAUUUUUUUUUGGUAAAUGUAGGAACCAGCUCCACUCUAUGAUCUAGCUAUGCUAGCCUUGGAGAAUGAUGAAAGUGGUUGGACAGAAGAUGAUGGUCCAAAGGAAGGCCUCGCUGAAUACAUUGUUGACUUUCUAACAAAGAAGAGUGCCAUGCUGAAAGACUAUUUCUCUCUUGAAAUUGAUGAAGUAACUGCCUUUUUGAUCCUGGGGUGGUUUAGUCGUUAGCUGCUGUACUGUGCAUUUUACAGUAUCCAUUGAGUACAGAGCAAGAUUGAAUUAUCAGAUGAUCUUAAGAAGAUAUGAAGAAGCACUCUAAUACACCUACAAGCAACAGCUUCAUUCCUCAUUUCAUGCAAACCAAAAAGUAUUCCGUUAAAUAUAGCUUCCUAUUAUGUCUGAACCAGGAAACUAUGCCUUAAUGCUAGGGUAACAGUGGCUUAGAGUCGGAUGAAUGUCUUAGUUUUAUUGGAAGCCCUUAACUACUGUUUCCCAGUUCUGAGGUAACACAGAGCUAUUGUUCUGUAAAUUCUUCCAGAUGUCUUCACUUGUAGCAAAUUGGCUGCACAUGAGAAAAUAAGACUUGAUCGUAUCUCUGAUUAUUCAUCUGAGUAAUAAUCACCUGAAUGCUGUCGGUAAAUAGAGAAACUAUAUAAGUAGCAGUUUUGGGCCACUGGGGAGGAGUGGGGAUACAAAAGCUACAGGAAAGCAAUAAAUUUAUUAUUACCAAACAGAAAGGCAGAAAGUAGUAUGUCACACCAGCUGAGCCGAAAUCUUUUUUGUUUUAUGUAUGAAUUUUGUUUCACCUUGGUAAAGGAUACAGAUAAAUAAAACAGGAUACUACGCUAGUUCCAAAGAACAGAAAUACAAAAAAUGUCACAAGUAGACAGCAGGUAGAUUUUGCCAUGUUUGUAGUCCUUGGCUUAGGAACCAAAUAUUGAUGUAUACAUAGGAGAAUAAGCAUCAAAAUAAUGGAGAAACAUUCUAUUUACAGAUGGGAAAUCUUACAGGACUACCACUCCUGAUAGAUAAUUACGUCCCUCCACUGGAAGGGCUGCCUAUGUUUGUUCUUCGUUUGGCCACAGAGGUAUGUCAAUAUUCAACAUGAAUUAGUGAAGCCAUAUUUACAUAGAAUUAUUUCAUUUUGACUAAUGCAGUUGGGUCAGUCUUAGGUACUUGCUUAGUCACAUUCCUUUUUCUCACAAACUCAGUCUAAAGUGAAACUCAAGUGCUUAUACUAGCUGCAAAAAAAUUGAGUAACAGUUCUGAAUUAAGGAGAUUUUCUGUCCUGAUCAAUUGAGCCAAUACUAGUUGCCUACAAGAGUGCUGCUGAAAACUUCCUCCUAUGUGACUGAUCUUUGCCUCCAACUUCACAUUAGAUUUUCAUAUGUAGAAAUAGCUGCAAUUGGAUAUGUAACUGCCGUAGGCAUGCUGUAUUUAUUGAAGUUACAUUUUCUUUUCCAGGUAAACUGGGAUGAAGAAAAGGAAUGUUUUGAUACCUUGAGUAAAGAAUGUGCCAUGUUCUACUCCAUUAGAAAACAGUAUAUAAUGGAAGACUCUGAUCUUACUACUCAACAGGUACAGUCUUCAUUUGUUAUUUUUCCCUGUAUCAAAACUACAUUCUGAAAUCUUGCAUUUAGGGCUGGGAAUGGAAAGAGUGAGUUGAAGGCAGUACUACAGGCAAAAGAGUUGAAGAGGACUACCUCCCUCAUGAAACCAAAGUGGCACAAGUACAGCCUUAGUGGCAGCCACCUUUCCCCGUCAACGGGGGAAUUUUAGAAAAUGUGGUGAUAAGAUAAAUUAGUGCAUGUUUUAAAUAUGCUGGAUCUGUCACUGUCAAUGCUGGGGAGAGCACUAUGAGCUCUGAGGGCACCUUGUAUGGAGGGAUAUAAAUGCUGCUACCAAACCCCGUUAUCAUUUAGGUUGGAUCAGGUUAAUAAAAGUAGCAUCUCUAAUAGGCAAAGAUCCUUACAUGGCAGAGCUUUGCCCUUAUCAAGAUCACAAGAGUAAAUGAGGGGAAAUGAGUCUCAAUCCCUGGGACAACAGUGGCAGGUCAUGCUCUCACAUUCUGAGGUGGAGAAAGGACAGCUAAAGGUAAAGGAUCCCUGGACAGUUAAGUCCAGUCACACUUGACUAUGGGGUGUGGCAUAUAUCUCGCUUCAGGCAGAGGGAGCUGGCGCUUGUCCGCAGGCAGCUUUUCAGGUCGUGGCCAGCAUUGACUAAACUGCUUCUGGUGCAACGGGACACCGUGACAAGUGCCAGAGCGCAUGGGAAAACCAUUUACCUUCCCGCUGCAGUGGUACCUAUUUAUCUACUCGGGUCACUAUGCUUUCAAACUGCUAGGUUAGCAGGAGCUGGGACAGAGCACACAGACUUAAACUGCCUACCUUCCGAUUGGCAAGCCCAAGGACAGCAAGUACUGUGAAUGCCACAGAUUUCAGUCUAUAUUCAUCCUUAGUUAUAAGCCAAGUGCUACCUGAGGGGAUGGAGUUCCUUCACUGAGACAGUCAUUGCCGUUAGCAGAAUGAUCAAGCGAGGGUUCCAAACAGAAAAGUAUAGGUGUCAUCAGGAAGAGUGAUGCUCAGAAGUGGCUUACAGAACACCUGUUGCCAGAACGGUGGCACAUAAGAAUGAAUAAUCCUUUCAGAACAAUUAAGCCUCAUGUUAAUAGUGCAUGCUUCUGACCAUUUCUUCUUUUGGUAUAAAUUUCACAAGCUGAAUGAGCAGUAGAUAGGGAAACAAAUAAAUACAUAGAACUCUAAAAGGAGGUGAUACAUUAGCCACAGUGUUAUCGAACACAACAUUAGUAUUUACUAAAACCUUAGUCAAACUGCUUUAUUUAAACUUCUUUGCAGACUGAAGACUCUGGAGCUGGUAAGAGAUCAUGGAAAUGGACAGUGGAACAUGUGCUUUAUAAAGUUCUUCGGACAUACCUUUUGCCUCCUAAAAACUUCACAGAAGAUGGCAGCGUUUUGCAGCUUGCUAAUUUACCAGACUUGUAUAAAGUGUUUGAAAGAUGCUGAACACAGACAUAUAUAGAUCAGUACCUAUUACACAGCUUUCCCUGCAGUGGUGCUGUUAUCACUGAGAAUUGUAGAAGUGACUGAAUUGCAGACCAGGAAGUGUUCAGCUUUACAAGAUGCCAGAAUACGCAACUUUUGUACAGGAUGACUAGCAAAUACUAAAGCUUCCACCUGUGGCUGAAAAGUGGACAUGGUAGCCAGUUCAGAGUUCUGUAGACAAAGGUACGGAGCCCUCUUCACUUUAUCUUAUGAACUAAUGAUGAAUUAUGUAGGUCCAUUUGGGGAUGGAUUGGAUAAAUACAAAAAUCUGACUGCAGUAUCCUUAAAUGCUAGUCAUCCAGGACUAGAAGAGGUUACCAUAUUAAAAUCGAGGAACUACCAUCUUUGCUUCUGAAUGCAAGAAACAAGGUGAGGGGGCAGGAAAUGCUCAAAGCACCUACCUGUAUAAGGGCUAGAUAACAGCAGACUAAUGUUUCUGUGAUUCCAGGAUCCUGGUCAAUUAAUCUAUGUGAGCCCAAGAACAAUGUAACAAGCCCUAGACAUUUGGCAAAUCUGCAACUGUUGAUUGAACACACUUAGCCUCUUAUAAAAAGGUUAGCCACAUCCAUGGUCAGGUACCUAACCUGUGUUACAAUUUCAUAAUGUAGUGAAGCUGUUUGUGUCACACAUUUGUUUUUAAGUUAACAUUGCAAAUGCUUAACACAAUGAAAAGUUGCUAACUAAAGUAAAAACAUACCCAGACACAUUCAGUGUUCAUUUUGUUAAGCAAAUUGUCCAUUUAUUGUUUAUAUCCUUCACCACAUUUCUCCUACCCACCCAGUGUUCCACUCCACGCUUGAGCAGCUGCCAACACCAGGUUUACAAUGUACAGCAAAACGUAAGUCACCACUCUUACCAUAAAGAGUAGUUAUGAAUAGUACUUUAGGAAGUCUAAACUCAGGUUGUGCAUCACCCAUGCAAUAAAGCAAAUUUUAUACAGUCAUUUCUAUUUUAUAUAAAUUUAAAUAUUUUACAAAAGUGUUUUCCAUCAAAAUGUAUAAAGUUUAGCAAACAUAGAACCCCCAAAGGUAUCUUAAAAUAAAUGUUAUGAUUCCAAAGGUUAUCUUAAUCAUUGACGUCUACAUUGCACCAUAUAGAAGGCACUUGUGCCAUGUGAUGUCUUCAGCACAUAAUUGGUUAAUUUGUAAUGCAGCAUUCACUUGAAUUCAUGCAGUUGUCUCCAAGCACCAAGCAUUAUUAAAGCAGUGGAAGAGAGUUUCAAUGAAUACAUUUGAUUUCACAAUUGUGAAAUAACAGCAUUGGGCUCGAGAAGACUCUAGAAUUAAGCUGCAAAACUCAAUCGCAUAAAAAUUCAAAGUUUUUUUUUUCAUCCACUUGUUACAAAAUAUUUGCCACUUAAUUAUGAAACUAAAACUCAUUGAACAACUCAAUGUUCAAAGUUUGUGCCAAAGAAAGUCUGUAUUAAAACAAGCUAGGGACAAGUUUUCAAGGAGCAGUGCAGUUUUUUAAACUUUCUUUCUAUUGUUGAGAUAGGAGUGCAGUUCUGUUUGCCUUCAUUUUCUCCAACCGUUUUACUAAGUGGCUGUUGGUCAUCUCCAUCUCUUCUAUCCUGUCCAAUGCUGUUCUUAACUGAAAAGAAAAAGCCAGUACCUUGUAAGUGCAACAGUUUGAGAGGACUAAAGAAUUUUAAAUCAAGCCAAUGCAGUUUCAAAAAACAAAGGAAAAACUAAAACUUUAGUGGAGCUUUGGUGCAGUUUAAAAACAUGUUUAUACAAUGAAGGUCCAGAGGCCAUGUAGUUACUCAAAAACAACCCAUCUACAAACUCUGCCAGUUUGACUAAAUUUGAAUCCAAAAUUUGAAUCCAAAGAAAGGUAGGUGGAUAAACUGGAUCUAAAGCAAUGAUGUAGAACCUGAAAGGAUAUCUUAACUGCAAAGAGGGGCAUAGAUGUAUGUGCAGAACCUUCCAUCUGCCUCCUCACUUCUCCAAGCUAUGAUUGAUUAUGGCAUCAAACCCCAGUAGAGAGGAAAGCUCUAAGAAGGGAAGGGGAGCACAACCACUUUUUCUAUUAACAUUGGGACACAUUUUCUCAAUUCAUUAGAGCACACACAGGUUUAAAGAAGUAAUCUGUUGUGAUUUUCAGUCUUUAGUAUUUUUUCCACCAGAGAACCCCCUGGCUAUUGUUUAAUAACAAGCCAUCGUACAUGAGUAUGCAGUAACCACAUUCUGAUUUUAAACAUAGGGAAGCAUACUGCAACAGCAGAAGAUUGAUCUCUCUAUAUAGUUCCUCAGUAACCACUAACUUUUUUAUUAAUAUAACAGUCCAAAAAAUCCCACAUGACAAUGUCCGUGCUCACCACUCCCGUUUCCAUAGACAGUCAACAGGAAUAAUAUUUUAAAGACUUUUAUAUAAAAAUAACCUCCCGCCAUCUUUAAAUGUUAUUGCCUCCUAUAUUUAAAUUCUUAGAACUUUUUCACACUGUGUGAAAGAGACAAUUACCUCUCGCUGAAGUUUUCUCUUUUCUGCUUUGAGUUCAUCUUCUACUUUUUCUGCAUUCUCAGCAGCAGUUUUAUAUCUUACUACUUGCCCUUCAAGUCUUACAACCUAAAAGACCAAACAGGUUUAAAGCAAUGAUUCACUCAUUUUCCCGUAUACAAGGAAUGCCCCCUUUAUCUGUGACCUUCCUUUAUGUAGCACUAAAAGGGCACAAAACAUGUCACCUUUACUGCCUUCCUUGAGGCAGCCAACUCUCAUUGCUGUAUUCAAACUAUCAUGUCUCAGCUUCAUCAGUCGACUUUUGAACAAGCCUGCUUGACGUCUUCAUGCGAGUGAACAAGGCAGGAAAGUCUUCAGUUAAACUGUGGCUCCCUGUUGUGUCAAACAUGCCAGAAUAUUAAGCCAACAGCUUAAUAUCUUGGCUUGUUCACAAGGUAUUGAUCAUAAAACUUAGGAAAUCAGGUAAUGAUUGUCUGAAUGUGGCCAGUAUGUGCUGAAUGGAAUCUUCAAGAAUCUUACAGGGUACCAAUGAAUUUAUGUGAACGGUGAGACUAGGCUCAACUCUACCAAGCACUUUUAUAAUCAUAAUUUUAUUAUUUGUACUCCACCAAUCCAUGAGGCUUGUCCCAACCACUCUGAGCAGCUUCCCACAAAUAUAAAAGCACCAAACAUUAAAAACAUCACUUUUACAAGGCUGUAAAAGCCUUAUUUUUAAAAUGUGUACCUGUUCCCCACCAAUUUUCACAUGCACUAUAUAGCUGUGUUUUCAUUUUGUUAGCUUAGAAUACAAGUGGCUAUUUUCUUGCAAAGUUCACACCCACCAACUCAUAUACCUAAUAGAUCUGGUCCUCUGAAAGGAUGAAACUCAGGUUCAAAUUCUCUAAAGGAGCAUGAAGCCCUCAGGAUAAUUUGUCACAUUGGCUCUACUGAAUUAUGACGUGGAGGACAUAGUUUCUGCAGUCUAUUAUACAAGACCAUAAUACAUGUAUGUGGAAUCAAUAAAAGUUUAGGAAAUAUGUAUAACAAAAAGGUACCUACAUUUUGUUCCAGAGUAGUUAUGUCUUGUUCAGCUUUUGAAAGCUUAAACUUGAAUUCACUUAUUUGUCUGUUGGCAUCUCCUAGAAACAAGAAAAUGAAGCAUUUAAUGGCUGUCAACUGAACAUUUAAAUCAAAUGUCAGCGAAGAUUAUAUUUUUCUGCUUUGGCUAAAAAAGGAAAGGAAAUGUUGAACGUACCUGUACAAUUUGUUAUUUGAUGAAAGGAUAGCACACAGUACAUAAAAUAGACUUCUUUGAGGAGUGAAUUUCCUAUGGCUUUUUAUCCCUCAAAAUCUAAAGAGUUUUAGCCGAUCAUUUUAUUGAAAUAAAACACAGCUUUCCUGG